GAGUUUGAAAUGAAAAAUUCAAAAUGUCAAGUCGUAAACAUGACAGUGAUGGGUUUCAAAUAGUUUCAUCGAAAAAAUCAUUUAAAAACAAAUCAACAAAGGUACCAAGACAACCAUCUGAUUUUCUAAAUUCUAAAUCGUUAAAUAUUGAUAUUGAAAAAGCUUACAAAAAAAUCAUAUCUGCUGUGGACGUGUUAAAGGAUUCUCAAUUUUCUAAAGACGUAAUUAAAUCAGUGAGUAACAUUGUAUUGGAUAGAAAGAUCGAAGAGCUGGUUUGUUUCGGUCUCGGAAGUAUAGGAGAAUGCAAUAUUUCAAGGUAUCAGCUAGCAUUACUACUGUGUCUGAAGGACGCUUUUGAAAUACAUAAUAUACUUCUCCACGAUCCAAUAUUUAGUACGCAGGAGUGCGAUAUUUUAAAACGCUUAAAAUUGACUGUAAUUGAGAAUAACAGUGAAGGCGAUUAUGUAAUAUCAAAACAAGGUGUAACUAUUGUCUAUUUACCUCACUGUCCUAAGCAAUUAACAAAUAAUUUUCUCUGGAGCAACUGGAGUACACAUUUGGAAAAUUGCAUUCUGCUAUGUAAUAGUUUUACAUCACUUAUAGAAAAUCAACUAAGCAGAGUCCUAUCAGAAUCUGUUCCAUAUAUACAGAAUAUAUUUCUUUACACAACUGAGGUGUCAUUAGAAAAUAAUUUUGUGUACAAAGAUAUUUUUAAUGAUACCUCAAUUCAUUACUUUCCAAGUGAUAAGUUAAAAUUGGCUCCUGUUGACUUCUGGUUGCAACAAAAAAAGCCAGAAUACAAAGACACUGAAGAGUUUAUUACAUCUUUUAUGAUUGAGAAAUUAAAUAUUGUUUGAAGGUCUGAAAUGGCAUCAAUUUCAUCAAAAACUGCAUUGACUACCCUACGACAGCUGUUAUCAGAAUUACGUAAGCAGAGUUCAAGUCCAAAGUUGGCUGAGAACCAAAUGGCAAGAUACAUAUUGAGCCAAUA